AUGUUGCCUGUGAUGUCCACAAGCACCAGAGCUCCCAGCACCACCACUCCCACCACCCUCAUCUCUGACACCUCACUGCCAGCCACUGUGAGCAGCAGUACUCCCAGCACUGCUGGCCAUCCCCAAACCACCCUCCCCACCAGCACCUAUACCACUCUCAUGGGGUCUACUGGCACGUUUCCCACCACCUCCACCUUUCCCACCACCUCCACAUCUCCUCCUCUGAUGUUGCCCCCCACCAUGCUUUCCACUCAUGCCCCAACACCACCAGCUCCCCUGGACACUACACACUUCACCCAACCUGCACGUUCCCCUCCACCUGCACCCCCUCCCCUCUGCCCAUGCUCCACCCCAGGACAGGCUGUACCUGUGCAGCGUUUGCGGUCGGGAGUGGAGGGACCCCAGUGGGGGCACUGGGUGCUGAGGCACUGUUGCCUGUUGCACUGGGUGCUCUACCUGGCCAGCUUGGUUCUGCUGGUCCUCACCGUGCUGGCUCUAGUGGGCUGGCUGCUGUGGAUGUGUCUGGUGGGGCAACCCUCCUGGCACCAGUUCCUGCAGACCCAAGGGGUGCAGUAUCCUCUGCUGGGCUGGAGGGAGCCAGAAGGAAACUCUGUGAUGCAUCUCAGCAGCUUGAAAAGUCCCCUGCAGCGGCCCAGGUUCUGCACCAUCAAGGAAGUGGAGUUGUGCCCUGAGAUCACCUACUGCACGAUUAAAGAUCUGGGGGUACAGCACAGUCCUCCUGCAAGUUCCUCCUACUGCACCACAAAGGAGCUGUGGGUCCACCACAGUCCUCUGCACACGUCGGUCAAGCCUUUCUGCAGGGAGAUGAUGGUCACAGACCUUGGCCUCCUGAGAGCCCCAUCUGCUUACAGCCUGGACAGAGGUGUCGAGGCCAAGGGUGGUGUCAGAGUGAAGUAUGCUGGCAACACCUUGUAA